ACAUAUCAGCACUUUUAGAUUUUGUAACAUAAACAAAAACAUUUUUUUUUUUUUUUUAAUUUUUUGCUAUGAUAAUCUAAUCUCUAAACGUUUACGUCUCGCAUUCAUUAAAAUCAAAAGUCAAUGGCAUUUGAUGUUUUAAUUAUGUCUGUAAAUAAAACUAAACAUUUGACUUUUUUUAUGCCCAAAAUAAGUUUAAAAUUUAGCUAGAAUACUCUGUUAAAUCACCCAUAACUAUCAGAAUGGCCACAUUUAAUCUUUAGGUAUUAAUUAAAUCAAGCAAGCUUCGCUUAAAUCAUUUGCACACUAAAUGCUAAAAAUCAUUCAGGCAUAGCUUGCAAAUCAUAUAAAAGGAAGCUCACAUUGAGAAGAGAAUUCAGUUAUCAAAACAAAAGUACUUGAAGCAACUGGGUCAUGUUUAUAAAGUGGCAAGUCGGCUACAUAGCCUGUUGUGUCUUGGCCAUAAUUGUGGCCGUAGCAGCCCAUGUCAAUGCCUACAAAAAGUUUGGACGCGACUGUCGCGACAUUAGUUGUGUGGGCACUGAACGAUGCAUAUUAACCAGCGUGGCAUGCGAAAAGGAUCAACUGGAUGGCGAACACUGUGGCCAAUAUCCGAAAUGUGUCGAGCGUUCAAGUAGCCCAGGAUUUCCAUUAGGAAGGCUUAAGCGACAAGCUGGACAGAUGGGUGGUAAUGGAAUGGGUGUAAAUGGCAGAGGUGGUAACGGAAUGGGAGCCAAUGGAAAUGGCAUGGGUGGUAGAGGUGGAAAUGGAGUAGGACCCAAUGGAAAUGGCAAUGGAUAUGGCAUGGCUGGUAGAGGUGGCAACGGAAUGGGAGCCAAUGGAAGUCCAAGUGGAAUGGGUGGCAAUGGAAUGGGCAUGGGAAGAAACGGAAAUGGAAUGGGAGCCAAUGGUAUGGGUGGUAGAGAUGACAAUGGAAUGGGAGGCAAUGGAAAUGCCAAUGGAUAUGGUAUGGGUGGUAGAGGUGGCAAUGGAAUGGGAGCAAAUGGGAAUGGAAUGGGUGGUAGAGGUGGUUAUGGAAUGGGACCCAAUGGAAACAGCAAUGGAUAUGGUAUGGGUGGUAGAGGUGGCAACGGCAUGGGCGGCAAUGGAAAUCCAAAUGGAAUGGGUGGCAAUGGAAUGGGUAUGGGAAGGAACGGCAAUGGCAUGGGUGGCUACGGAAUGGGAGGCAAUGGAAAUACCAAUGGAAUGGGUAUGGGAAUGGGAAGAAAUGGUUACGGUAUGGCUGGUAACGGUAUGGGUGGUAAUGGAAUGGGAGGCUAUGGAAUGGGAAUGGGAAUGGGUAUGGGUAUGGGUGGAAGGGGUGGCAAUAUCAAUGGAGGAAUGGGCAUGGGCUCUGGUGGACAGAAUCCACGGGCUUACACAAUGUGUGGACCUGGAUAUCCUAGUCCAUUAAUUAAUGGUAAUAACGGCAAUGGUAAUGGAAUAAAUAUGAAUGGAAACGGUGUAAAUACAAAUGAAACGCUUGAGCGCACAAGUGCAUCCUAUCGAAAGAAAAGGAAUGUACAUGGAUUUAACAAUCGAAGAGAUGCUGGCCAACAAAACCAGCAGGGCGGUGGCAAUAGAGUGGAAGGCUAUGGAAUGGGUGGGAAUGGCAUGCGUGGAAUGAGCUAUGGUAGAAUGUGUGGCCCUGGAAUGGUCCACGGGCACGUUGGUAUAGGCAUGGCUGGAGGCAGGGGAAUGGGCACAAUGGGAGGCGGCAGUGGACAAUGGAGCAACAAUAACUCUGGCGCCUACAUGACUCAAGUGUCAUUUAAUCAGAGCCCAGAUGGUGCCUCUGUGGAUGCCAGUGUCACUGUAAGCAGUCUAAACAGUGAUACCUCACAAAGACCAAAACGUCGCAGGAACGAAACCGAAUGGUGAAGAAUUCAUACUGGAUCAUAUAUUCAAUUUGUAAAAUAAAUAUACAAACUUAGAACUGCA